CAUUAACAUGAUGCUGUAAACAAGAGUCUCGGCUCACUGGUACAAGAGUUUUGCAGACCUCGUGCAAGCACUCAUGGCAAGCACUUUUUAAUAUUACAUCUGAAGGUAGAAUUCACAAGCUGGUUAGCACAGAGGCGACCGGCAGCGGCUUUUGACUUAGUUCGGGAGCAAAGGCCGCAAAGGCUUGCAGCUGGAUUAAGCCUUGUAUCGCCACAGCAUCACUUCUGUACAAAGGCAUUCGAAAUACGUUAUUGCCGGACAUUACCUACCUGGAGUGCACAGUAUGGCGACGCUGCCGCUACAAGUGCAACAUCUACGCCAGGAGCUGCAAUGUUCGGCGACACUGGAGCAUGUCUCACUGCACCUGAGAGUAUGCAGCCUCUCUAUUCCUUGGUGUGGAAGACAGCUGCGAUGGCAGCUCCUCAUUCCCACAGCCGGCGGCGCUCCCGACGUCCUGUUUGAUGACGAGGACUUCCGCCCGCUCUGCUGCCCUCCCGCUGCCGUACCCGACGCCAGAGCAGCGGCUGCCUCUGCCGUACGAACCGUCCUUCGUACCUGGUCCUCAACAAAGACGCAGAUCCCUACCGCCAGUCCGGCUAAGACCGACCCGGAUGGCAGACCCAUGGGUCACUCACAGGCGUCGCAGCAGCAGAUCUCUCGCUUAUCGCGGCUGGUUUCGGCGCUGCUGGACGCCUAUCGCUGCCACCAAGUGGCUCGGUUGGAGGAGGCGGCUGUGAGGCGGCAGCUGUCGAGGCUGCAGUUCGAGCUGAGCACGUUAGAGCUGGGGCGGGGGGUUCAGUUGGAGCUAACGGCCCAACAGCAGGCGCGGUUCGCACUGCCCCUACCGCCCCUCGACCUUCGACAACUUUGGGAGGUACUACAAUUGUACGGCAUUGCCGUUGAGGAGCUGUUGCAGUACGACAGCAGCAACCACCAGAACCGCAGUACAGCGACUAGUACGGCACCCGGUGUGCGACAGCAGCGAGGCGAGGGCGCUUGCAGCCGUAGCGAGGGCAGCUGCAGUAGCGAUGAUGAUGAUGCCAGAGAUGUGUUGGAGCCGUUAGAGCCCGGGUGCGAGGAGGAGGAGGCGUUAUUGGUGGACCUGAUGAUGGGGCAGGCGACAGUCAGCGGAGGUGGGGAGGGAAGGCGGCAGCAGCUGCACCCUCAGCAGCAGCAGCGGCGGCGCAGGCGGCGGCAGCAGCACCAUGCAGAGGGUGCUGGAGAGGGGGUCAAGCAGGACGAGGAGGUGGUGGCCAGGGGGGAGGAGCUCGUGUUCAUGCUGCAUGCAGCGUUCCGUCUGCCGUCGGGGGCCGCUGCUGGGGAUGUGGGGGACCCCGAGCUCACUUUGCAGGUCCCUGCCGCCCUGGCAGCCCUCCAAUCCCCACCACCCCCCUCCCCGCCAGCACCAGCUACCGGCACCUCCACCACACCACCGGCCGCUACCGCCAGCGGCAGCACCAGCCUCACCAGGGCCGCCGCUGCCGCCGCUGUGCCCCUCCUCCCCCGCCCGCUGCUGCCCCCCUGGAGCCCCGACAUGUGCCUGGCCGCCUACCUGCCGCUGGCUGCGGAGCGGCUGCAGGGGCAGCUGGAGGCGCACUGCGGGGGGCUGAGAGCAAGGCAGCAGUUCCUGCACCACUUCUGCUGCUCGCUGCUCGGCCCCGGCGGCUCCCCCCUGGAGCUCAACCUGCCGGCCGGCACCGCGCUGCUGGCGGUGUGCUGGGAGGGCGCGGGGGUGCUGGUGGGGGCGGAGCUGGGGGGCGGCUUCCCGCGGGAGCAGCCGGGGAUCAGCCUGCAGUGCGCCAGGCAGCUGUCGUACUCCGACCUGAGCCGCACCUACCGGGACUACCCCUGGAGCCCCCGGUGGGCGCCGCAGGAGAUGGCGGCACGCAUACACAACUGGCUCAGGGAGGAGCUGCCCAACUUCCUGCGGGGUAGGCCGCAACAGUAGAGGUCAUUGCGUGGCUGUUACUCAGUCGUCGUGUCGGCUGUAAGACAUCCAUGUUGGCGCAGCCACAGUUGCAGUUACGACCAGUUACGACAGUACACAAGUGGUAAACAGGGGUAAAUCGACUAAGCCGCGGAGCUGCCACUGACCCUGGCUAUGGUAGUCUGACUGACCUGAGUCACCUGAGCGGCACCUGGGCGCCAGUGGAGUCAUUGCACGACACACUGCAUAGUGUACGGAUGCAUGGUACGGACAACAGCUUAUGAGACAGCAGCAGGACAUGCUGUAAGGGGGGCCCGGUGAGGGUAGCCCAGGCAUGGCUGGCUAGCCCCGUCAGUUGGUGCGAUACCGGUACCAGCAGUACGGUUUUACAGAUAGAGGACUCGAACUCAGAUAGAGAACUCGAAGUAAGAUGCAAUACAUCCUAUGUAUGGUCAGGUUUUCGCCGCUUUGCACCCUUGUUAGCCGGCUGUUGGUUGUGGUGGUUGUGGUUGGGAACGGCAGGUGUGGCUACCGGUAUGGGUGUUGUCCAUGGGUGUUGCGAUACCCUGAGCAGGGCUUUGGG